CGAGAUACCAUUAACUCGGCUCAGAUGUUUAUUCAGAAACAUGGUGCUGACAUGAACAUGUCAGAGCUCCUUCAUGAAAAUUUUUUAAAAUUAAUUUUCACUUGUUUGGAUGCGUGUUGAGGACAAUAAGCAGGUAAGCUGUUUUGGGGGUUACUUAACUUUUUUGGUAUUUUUGUUCUUUUCUUAUGUUCAGAAAGCAAAGUGAUGUGAUUUCUGCUUAGAAUGAAAUUUUCCAUUCUGCAUUUCAGACAUUUUACUCUGACAUGCCACAGGUGAAAAGGUUCAGCAAUGUUUUUCUUUCUAGUGUGGGUCAUGGUCCUGCCUCAUGGCACGACUCUCUGGCCCUGCUCUAGUUCCUGCCCCCCCAGCUGCAUGUGCACUCAGGAGAAGAGUUGCGCUGUGCUGUGUGACCGUGCCAACAUGGCUGAGCUGCCCAGAGAGUUCCCCUGUGAGGCGUCCUCCAUCAACCUGAAGAAGAACAGCCUCAGGUUCCUGUCGGAACGAGCUUUCGGCACACUCCCCUCUCUUAAGUCCCUCUUCCUGGACCACAACAACAUCUCCUUCAUCACACCUGGUGCUUUCAAGGGUCUUCCCAACCUGCUAGAGCUCACGAUGGCCCAUAACGAGUACAUCCGCUAUCUUCACACACGGACCUUCACCUCUCUCAAACGCCUGGUACGGUUGGACCUUUCCGGCUGCAACCUCUUCAACAUGCCUGACCGCAUCUUCCUGGAUCAGCCCUCGCUCAGAGAGCUCUUUUGCUUCCAGAACAAUUUCAGGCGAAUUCCAAGUGCUAUACGAGGAAUGGAGAACCUGACGCAUGUUUACUUGGAGCGCAAUAAGAUUGAAGCAGUAGCCUACAACUCUUUGCUGGGAUUAUGCAACCUCAAGUAUCUAAACCUACAGGAGAAUCGCAUCAGUGUCGUCCAUGACGAGGCAUUUAAGGACUUACGACAACUACAGAACUUUUACCUCAAUGAUAAUCUGCUGAUUGACUUGCCAAGGAAAUCUUUUAAAGGCCUCUGCCAUCUGAAGAUGUUAAAUCUGGGUGGUAACCUGCUGACCAACAUCUCCAACACCUGGUUUGGGGACCUAGUGGAACUGGAGGUUCUCUACCUGGACCGGAACCGGCUGUCAUUUAUUGACCAGGGUGCCUUUGAGAAUCUGACCAGCCUCAUGACGCUGCAUCUCAACAGCAACAAACUGUCUACUCUGCCUUGGUUCGUCUUCCAGCCCAUCUACUUCAUCGGGCAUCUUUAUUUGUUUCGUAAUCCCUGGCAGUGCAGCUGUGAGCUGGAGUGGCUGAAGGAGUGGAUGGAGAACUAUAAGCUGGUCAGGGAUAUUCCAUGUGCAUCGCCUCCUCCGGUAGCUGGUCUGGAUCUGAGCAAGGUGCUGUAUGCACACCUGAACGGUACUUGCGUUGACCCAGCGGAGUUUAACGCGACUACGGCGGCUCCAGGUUACAGUACCACACAGAGCCGGUAUAACAGCCUGAUUUCCCAGCUGAUAAAUCAGGACAUCAGGGAGGAGCUGAGGAACUUUACUGAGAGUCAGAGGAACAGGACAGCGCUGGAACCAACAGAAGGCCAGGUCUCGGCUGCUUACAGGCUUUCUAGUGUUGGUUUGGUCCUGCUAUUAGUGCUGCCAUCGCUGUUCCUCAUCCAAGCUGAGACGGGCUGUCUGUUAGACCACGGUACCACUUAAUGAAGGCCUGGCUCAGGUCUGGAGGAAGAUAUCUGCCAAGAAUGUGUUUGGACUGAAAGUCGUGCAGAUGAGAGAUUAAUCUUUCUUUCAGAUUCAGAAAGGGGAUUGUGUGAAACUGAAGGAAAACUCAUCAGCUAUAGG